GUUCAUAGCUACUUUUAGUCAAUUUUGUUCUGUUAUGUGAAUUAUCUUUUAUUUUAACCAUUGUAUGAAUUAAGGCGAGUCGUUAUUUUAUUAAUAUUAUUAACCAACUAGUAUUAUGAAUGAUGGAAUGUUCACAUUUGUUUGAAAACGUCAAGGGGGAGAGCAAUCUCAUUCUCAUUGAGGACACCGUGAUCACAAAGAACUUCAGCUGUUCAGGUAAAUUCAUUAAUUUAUUCUGAAACCAUUCUUUAACGAAAUAUGUAACUGGCGGAGAAAAAAGCUGAGGAUUCGGUCUGGUGAAAUUUGCAUCAUGAGGUUAGUUUAGAAAAAUCAAUACCUACCGUGAACUCUAAUAAUCAGCUGUUCAAGGGGUGCGGAGAGGGGAGUCAGAAUGUGUGACCGUGACUGGUGUUGCGCUUUCGUGUUUCUGACGCGUUGUGAUGAUAUGAGCCACAUGACGGGCGUCGGUCGGCUAUUUUAGAUUACCUACCUACUUGCAAACCAUAACACAAAAAAGUUACUACUGCCAAUGAUGAUUUUCUAUGCAUAAUAAUGUGGUGUCAAAGAACAGAAUUGGUUGUGUCUCCAAUGUGGGGUAGUGAAUUGUGGGCGCUAUCUCAAUGGUCAUGCAAAAUUACAUGCAGAGACAGAAAAUCACCAGAUUUGUAUGAGUUGUGAUGUUUAUUCAGUUUAUUGCUACAAAUGUGAUGAUUAUAUUUCAAAUGAUACAGAAAAUGAAGUCAUAGGGAAAACAAGACAAAGCAUUAUGCAGAUUACUAUGCAAAAUGAAACAUAUGGUGAUGAUGAAAAUGAAAACAGUGGGCUACAGCAAAGCAGUGAAAACAGUAAAGAGGUCACUGGGGACAGUAAUAUUUCUACAGUAAAAAACUCUGCAAAUACAAAUGAUAAAAUCAUACAAUCAUCAAAUGAUAAAAUCAUACAAUCAUCAAAUGAUAAUCUAGGAGAAAGCACAAUUGCAGAAGUUACUUCUGAUAGCAAUUGUAGUAGUACACCUAAUUCCAAUUGUAUGCCAGAAUGUAGUGAAAACAAACCUAUAAAAAAUACAAAGAAUUUGGAUGAACCCAUUAGAAGUCUAAGACCUCGAUCACGAAAAAGAUCUCAUUCAGAAGACAGCAGCUCAGCUGAAAACAAUUCAACAGCAUCGUCUAGGAAUAAGAAAAUGUCUCCAUGCAAUGGAAAGAGUCAGAGGGAAAAGAAAAUUGUAGGGUUAAAAAAUUUAGGCAACACAUGUUUUAUGAAUGCUGUUUUGCAAAGUUUGAAUAAUAUACAAGAGUUUAGUUGCUACUUUAGCCAGCUGCCAUCGCUAGAGAUGAAGACUAAUGGGCGAAAGGUAUACCACUCAAGGAGUUACACCAGGCAAGAAAUGCAUGAUGUAGUUAUGGCUGAGGAGCUUCGUAAGGUGCUAAUCAAUUUAAAUACUGGUGGCUGCGGAUCAAAGGGUGCUAUCUCGCCAGAGUGUUUGUUUCUUGUCAUUUGGAAGGUAGUGCCGAGGUUCCGAGGCUACCAACAACAAGAUGCACACGAGUUCUUACGCUAUAUGCUUGACAGGCUGCACACAGAAUUGCUACAGUUAUUACCACCGGAUCGUGCUGAAGUAGGAUUUCUUUCACGAACACCAUCAGCCUCUAUUGUUACGGCUGUAUUUGGUGGGACAUUGCAAAGUGAGGUGCGAUGUCUAGCGUGCGGUACUGAAAGUAAAAAGUUCGAUCCUUUUCUUGACCUAUCGCUUGAGCUGCCCGAGUCUGGACGCCACGACGAUCCCGUGUCACUAACAGACUGUCUAUCGAGUUUUGUACAGGUGGAAGAAUUGGCAGAUACAGAACGUUACUUCUGCAGUAGUUGUAAGUGUAAGCAGAAGUCGACGAAACAGUUUUGGAUACGCAGACUACCCAACGUUCUGUGUCUACAUUUGAAACGGUUUCGGUGGCACAAUUACUUCAGAACUAAAGUGGACACUAGUAUAACGUUCCCACUGCGCGCGCUGGACAUGUCCCGGUUCGUGCUCGCCAACGUGCCGGACACGCGGCGCUCGGGGCUCGGCACGCAGCUGUACGACCUCGCGGCCGUCAUCGUGCACCACGGCUCCGGGGCGGGUUCGGGGCACUACACCGCGUUCGCCAUAAACGAGGAGCAGUGGUUCCACUUCAACGAUCAGACAGUGCGCGCGACAGACGCUGCCACUGUAGCUUCAUGCAAACCCUACAUAUUGUUCUACAUUAGACGCGAGUUAACGCUGCCAACGGCUUCGUGACUGACGCUUUUAUAGCCACAGCGUUUAUACACGCGAGUUUCUUGUAACGCUUUGAAAAGAAUAAUUUUAGAACUCAUGACGUUUUCUAAGUGGGUUUUGCACGCGGGCGCUUUCCGAAUUAGAGAUAUUUUUUUAUGAGUUUGGACGUUUAUGAAUUUGAGAGUGUUUUUUACGAUCGACUAGACGUUGAGCGUAAGAGGUUAAGUUGAGAAAGUUUUAAAGCGUUUGACGUGCGUCGGGAUUUUAACGCGCGUAGAUAAAGCACUCGCGUAAACGCACUCCCACAUAGAUGCAUUCGACAACUGUUUUAAAAUCUGCAUGGACACAGACGAUUAGACUGAUUAGAAUGCUCUGGAUUCAAAGGUCUUAACUACUAAACACAAAUGUAAGGGUCGAUGCGUAUUCAAAACGUAGAAAUUGUGCGAUGCUUUAUGCAAUGCCAAUUUGUUUCAAUAAAAAUUUAAAGAGGAAGUGGUUGGUUAAAUAUAAAUAUGGUAAGCUUUAGCAAUAUGAUAUAAGAACAAAAGAUACCUACGUAAGCACCUAUAAACUUAAAUCGUAUAAAAAUAUUUCCUUUAAUUCUUUCAAACCGCGUAACGAUCCCUUUUCAUACACAACUAAUUUCGUACGGGAAUGGGACAGAACCAUAUCGAACUUUCGUUCGUGAUAAAGUAAUGGUAUAUACUUGUUUUUUUUUGGGAUUACUCGUACUUGUUCUGAAAGGUAUAAAUCUCUUUCUUUGAUUUGGUCGUUGUUAAUAUCGAUCUUAAAUGAUAAUCAAAUAUGAAGCGUCUAAUCAGGAAAUCGUCUUUGCUGCGUAACUGUGUAAAUAGUCGUGGUGAAUGGAUAUGCGAUGGUUUAUGAAGCCGGAUUUAAGGUACUCUGUCAUUUAAAAUGUCCUUUUAGAUAUACCAUAUAUUAUGUAUGAAAUCAUUGAAGUUUGACCGCAACGUUGUCUUUAGAUUAUCAGUACGUUCGUUCACUACCCUAUACAAAAAAUUUAAUAAUUUGAGUUUACAUAGCGGCAAUCAAAAUCAUAGACAAAGUUUGCUCAGUAAACUUUUUGCAUGUAAACUGAGUCAUCUUUAUUGUCCAUGGCUAUGCUCAAGAUGUUUGCCGAUAGCUAUAUUUACUUAAAUGUAUAUGGAAAACAUUAAUAAAUAAUGUUUAGUGAAAGGUCCUUCUACUCGACGACUGCAUAAUGCAAGAAUAUCCGAACUAUAACCGCCUUAUUCCAGAACGCUGACUAAAAUUACUUAAACCUGGUUUAAAAAUGCUACUGCCAUCUUUGUUAGCUAAAAUAGGACAAAGAAAGCGUUAGGUUUAAACCGAGUCUAACUUUAGUCCACGUUUGUAAUAAGGCGAAAACAGUUUUUGGUCUGUUUAAGUGGCAGAAGCUAUUAUGGUGAUUCUAACGUUAAUGGUGGCCGCAGACGACAUACAUUACUUUGUUUGGCAUCAUGAUAUUCACACUAUUCUGUUCAGUCUGAAAAAGAAACCGAUUUUAUCUUAUCUCUCGUGUGCAAAUAGGGUUACCAUCCGUACGGAUUAGUCCGGACAUGUCCGGACUUUUAGGCUAUACUUCAUCUGA